CCCUGACAAGAGUUGGGACGCUUCAUUCAUAAAGUCUAAAGUCGUCAUAUUUUUCAUCUCAGUAAUCAGUAACACAGUCAUCAAUAUUUUGUCAGUAUAUAUUAUUAUAAUUAUAAACUAUUGAUAAAUAUAUACUCAACUAAUUCUACAGUAAACUUAAUUACAAGAAUUGAGUUUCAAAUCUUAGUUGUCGAGCAGUAUGGAAAUUUCAGGUUAUUCUCGUUCCCAAGAGCACAAAGUAAUUUAUAAAUGGGAAAUUUAUAAAAUAAUACCAUUUAUUGAGUCUACUAAAGACGAUGAAGAGACAGUGAAGCUCAAAUCAUCUCAUUUUACCACAAAUGAAAAAAAUGAAAACUCAUGGUACUUAGAACUGCAACUACUGAGAGAAGAGGGAUGGAUAUCACUAUUCUUGUAUCAAAACAAUGGGAAAGAUAAAGUAAGAAUAAAGCGUUCACUAUUUAUCUUAGACAAUAAAAAUGAACGAAAAUUUAUUAAAACUUCCUACCACCAUCGCGACUUCAAUGAGGGACGGGGAUAUCUAAAAUUUCUUGAAAUACAACAGUUACUAGACAACAGAGAUGAUUUUUUACCGAAUGAAACUCUUACCAUAUGUGUUGAACUGACUGUUUACGACGAUUACAAGUCAUUUACUGCUAAAUUGCCGUUGCAAAUCCCACAGCGUCAAAUGACUGAUGAUUUUAAAGAACUCUAUGACAGCAAUACAAACUGUGACGUUAUUUUAGUUGUGGGUAACGAAAAAUUUAAAGCUCACAAGAUCAUUCUGUCGGCUCGCAGUCCUGUAUUUCUUGCAAUGUUCACGAAUGAGAUGAAGGAAAAUAGAGACAAUGAAAUUGCUAUACCUGAUAUGGAUCCAAAAAUAUUUGAAAAAAUGUUAGAAUUUAUAUAUACUGACAAUGUUAAUGAUUUGGAUUCGAAUAGUGUGCAUUUAUUAGAAGCUGCAGAUAAAUAUCAAUUGUUAAAACUAAAAAGUUUAUGCGAAGAAUCAUUAUCUAAGUCGGCCAGUAUUGAUAAUGCAAUUAAACUUAUGAUUUUAGCAGAUCUGCAUAAUGCUAAUCAAUUAUUCGAAAAUGUGCUUGAAUCGAUAAUUAGAAAUAUCGAAGAUGUUAUCAAAACUCCAGCAUAUAAAGUAUUAGAAGAUUUGUACCCAUUACUAUUUUCAAAAUUUAUUAAAAAAUUAGUAACUUCAGUAAAUUUUAACGCUUCAACAGAUGAUAAAUAAUUGGGAUUUUGUACAUAAAGUACGCAAUUAAUAAGAGAACGGCAUUUCAGUGGAAUGAAUACCUAAAAUAUUUAGGUAUUAUGAUUUGAAAACGACGAAUACUUAUUUUGCAAAUUUAAUAAUAACUUUUUCUAGAAAGUAAGAUUUAAAUACAUCAGAUAUUUACUGUUUCUUAAUAUACUAUUUUUAUAUUUACGAUACAAAUAUAAAUUGCAAUACAAAUAUCUUUUAAUUUUUGCGAUACUAAAUAAUGAUUAGUAUAUAAUAAUUAAGAUUAUUUUAUUUUUAUAUUUUUAAGUUACUGUCAAAUGAUAGAGUAAGUAAUUCCUCAGUGACGAUUAUGGUCUGGAAGAAACUUGUACUUUCCUUCAAUUUUUCUUUUUUUUUUUAAUGUAUAAUAUAAUAGAUUUGAACUAUUGUCAAUUUUAAUGUCAUAUUUAAAAAUACUAAGAGUUCCAACGAGACUAUGGAGGGUAGAGGUACCUCUACCCGCCAUAAACGAGACUUAAUUUCGAAACUCACUUCUCAGUAAUAAUUGUUUAAUUUUUUUCUUAUGUAUCACUAAAAUAGUGUAAUUAAUACAACAAAUAUAAACUUGGUAUCAAAUUGAUUUAUUU